CCAGACUCCCAUAAUAAACAGCUGUACGGCAGCGGUUAUGGCAUGCUUUGGACCGCUAUUUUAUCACUCCAGCAGAUCCAUCAUCUUCCAUCUCCUAAAGAUGCAAACGUCCAUGGAUAACUUCAAACUUCUUGCUCUGUUACGCUCGGAAAACAGUGUUUCGAGCGGCCUUUAAUAUCAGUCCGAUAGAUAUUGAGACGUCAUAAGAAGCGAACGUUACUUUGUUUCGGAACGAACGCGAGGGUCACAGUUCCGAUCCAUUUUCUAAAUGAUUGACGGUUGCUAAGGUGAUCAGAAUCCAUUAGAACCCAAACCGAUUGGUAGUUUCAACAUCGCAUCAGCGUGAUUUGAGAUGAAGUCGUUCGGAUAUAUCUAGAUCGCCUGCCACGUUUCUGUCUUCGAGGGGCGAAGUUGCGACUGCAACAUAGAGAGUGAUACACUGGCUGGAGCAAUGAAAGAAGAGAACUUGUUCUGCAGGCGGUUCUCUCACUGUCCCACGGCAACCUCUCCUCCAAAAAUCGACACACACGUGUUGACCCGCAACCUUUCCUAUGGAGGAGACAAUGAACUGUACACGCUCAGCCCAGGUAAUGAAACAGAGCGAAACGGUUUGCCCUUACUGAGAGACGAGGUCAGCCCGGCCCGGUCGCCCAGCAGUGUGUCGGAAUCCAGGAUGUUUAUUGGUGUCGAGAAAGAGUCUUCCUCGCCCACGGAGAAGCUGGCAAGAAAAGAAUCGCUUAAGGUUCAGAAAAUGAAUUAUCGACAGGAAAAGAAGAGGGUUGCCAAAGAGCUCUUCAGUGCCCUUAAGGAUCCAAGUGUGGUUCUAAUGUCCAACUGGCUAAAGAUUCGAGGGUCACUGAAGAGUUGGACAAAAUUGUGGUGUGUCCUGAGACCUGGCAUUCUCGUGAUUUAUAAGACCCCCGGUUCAGAGCACUGGGUGGGAACGAUCCUUCUCAAUGCCUGCAAACUCAUCGAAAGACCCUCGAAGAAAGAUGGAUUCUGCUUCAAAGUCUUCCAUCCGCUGGACAAGUCCAUAUGGGCCAUGAAGGGUCCUAAAGGAGAAACAGUGGGCUCCAUCACACAACCUUUGCCUAGCAAUUACCUGAUCUUUAGAGCUGCAUCUGAAUCUGAUGGCCGCUGUUGGAUGGACGCUCUGGAACUGGCCCUCAGCUGCUCCAGUCUGUCCAAGAUGACGGCAAAGAGCUGCAGGGACGGAGAUCUGAGCAGCUCUUCAGAGUCCUCACAUAUACUGCAGCUGCUGCAGUCUGCCUCUCUCAUUGAUCAGGACUUGUUACAGUUGAAUGACUCCAUGUUGGAAAACAACCAUAUGGAGAAUGAUGCAAAUUCGGACAAAUCAGAGCGGGAGGCGCAUGAAGAUUCUGACAAUGCAGCCAAUGAGAACGGAGGCAGACUGACAGAGGAGAGUGAUAUGGAUCAAUCAGAUGAUGUGAGCCUUCAGGCAACAGCCUUCAUUGAGGAAGCCAAUGAGGAAAUGGGAGAGGCUGGUGAGGCGUCCCAGGUUGAGACCGUUUCAGAAGAGAACAAGGGGUUAAUCUGGACUCUACUUAAGCAGCUGAGGCCUGGGAUGGACCUGUCCAAAGUGGUCCUGCCAACUUUUAUCUUGGAGCCACGUUCCUUUUUGGACAAGCUUUCAGAUUACUACUACCAUGCUGACCUGCUAUCACAGGCUGUGACAGAGGAGAUCCCAUACUGUAGGAUGAAGCAAGUCUUGCGCUGGUAUCUGUCAGGCUUCUACAAGAAACCAAAGGGUCUUAAGAAACCAUACAACCCCAUUCUUGGAGAGAUGUUCCGAUGCUGCUGGCUGCAUCCACAAACAGACAGCUGUACAUUUUACAUAGCAGAACAGGUUUCUCAUCACCCGCCUAUUUCAGCAUUUUAUAUUAGCAAUAAGAAGGAUGGAUUCUGCAUUAGUGGAAGCAUUCUGGCCAAAUCAAAAUUUUACGGGAACUCACUGUCUGCGAUACUGGAUGGAAAGGCCAGACUCCUGUUUCUGAGUCGAGAUGAAGAAUACAUUAUUACUAUGCCGUACGCUCACUGUAAAGGUAUUCUGUAUGGUACGAUGACAUUGGAGCUUGGUGGGAAAAUCACUAUUGAGUGUGAAAAAACACAAUGUUAUACAGAACUUGAAUUUAAACUGAAGCCUUUUCUUGGCAGCUCUUGCAAUGUUAACCAGAUUUCUGGAAAGAUUCGGAUAGGGGAAGAUGUUCUGGCUACAGUAGAUGGGCACUGGGAUAGGAAAGUGCACCUGAUUGAGAAGAAGACGGGCCUCCAGGAGGUGCUGUGGAACCCCAGCGCAGACGUGCGGAGACAGAGACUAAAGAGACAGGUGGUUCAGAUGGACCAGCAGGAGGCGUUCGAGUCUGAGAGGUUAUGGCGCCAUGUGACCAGAGCGAUUACUGAUAAAGACCAGAAUCGUGCCACCCAGGAGAAAUUUGUGUUGGAAGAGGCCCAGAGGCAGGAAGCCAGAGAGAGGGGUGACAAACCCUGGGAUCCUCGCCUUUUCACUCUCAACGCUGACACCAAUGAGUGGCACUACAAAUAUGCAGACACGAAGCCGUGGGAUCCAGACCGCUGUCUGGUCCAGUUUGAGAAAGAUGGCAUCAUCCAGACAAAAGAGAAGUCACAACGCCAACGCAAUAGUUUCUCCUACAGCCAGAACUGGGCUGUACAGCAGAAAGUGCGGGUGAAUGGGAAACACAGGAAAUCAAGCAGCCAGCCAUCCAGCUGCAGUCAGAACACAGAGAGCAGCAGUACCACGCCAGAACCCAAUCAUGAGUCAUCUGAUAAUGAAGGCUAUAUGAACCAAUGUGCCAGAUGCACUAAAGAAGUGAAGGAUAUCGCCCUCAUUGAGGCCUCAGUAGCAGCUAUACAGAAAACACAGCAAGACAUACAGAGAAACCUGAGUGCAUUGGGUCGCCAGAUUGCGCGACACAAGACGGUGGAGGAGAGCAAGUCAUUGAGCAGUCGUCACUGUCUCAUCCUUUGCAUGCUUUUGCUCUUCCAGCUACUCAUCAACUAUGUCUUCACUUGAGAUGCUAUUACCUAGCGACCAUCACCUAGCAAUAAACACAGCCAAAUUAUCACCGUCACAAAGCCCUUUGAAUGCCCCACCAUGAUGUUGCUACCAGAAGUAGCUGAACCAUCAAGCACUAAGCACUUCAAAUAGAGAGAAAGAGACUCUUGUUUUAAUUCAUAUGAAAACAGAUAAUCAUUUCAAAGUGGUCAUAAAAUGCUGCACUGCCACUCUUGUGAACUAAUGUGUACCAUCUUUCCAACAUACCUUCCUUUCUCUGCAAUAUCGGUAAUCUAUUUCAGGCAUAUUUAGGCCCUAUGGGCAAAAUUUGAAUGGACUUUUGUGUGUAUGUGUGCGUGUUACCCUCAAACCAUUAAGAAACCUCUUCCAUUAAGACACUGGGCCUUAAUACUGCUGCCAAAAAGAGGGGAAAUGAACAAAGUAGUCAGUGAACAUCCACCAGUGCAAUUCUUUAUUCUUUUAAGGGAAUAUUCCUGGUUCAAUACAGGUUUAGCUCAAACGACAGCAUUUAUGGCAUAAUAUUGAUUACCACAAAAAAUUAUUUUGACUUGUCCCUAAUUUUCUUUUAAAAAAGCAAAAAUCUGGGUUAUUUUUGAGGCACUUACAAUGGAAGUGAAUGGGGGCCAAUUUUUUAUGUUGAAAUACUCACUGUUACAAAAGUAUAGAUGCAAGACAUAAACAAUAUGUGUAAAAAUGUUUUUAGUGUAAUAAAAUCACUUACUAACCUUUUCUGUGGAAAGUUAUAGCCAAUUUUACAACUUCGAUGCCAUGAUCAUGUAAUGUCAACAAACCUAAAAGACUAAAAAUGACAAUUGAAACAACUUUACAGCUUAAAUAAUACAUGAGUUUUAACAGAAUUAAUGUAAGUGCUUUUAUAAAAUUAUAAGCUUCACAUUUCUGCUUUGAUGCCCUCCAAAAACUCACUGUAACCUUUAAUUUUGCUUUUUUUAAAGAUAAGGAGAGACGAGUGAAAAUAAAAAUUUUGUGGUAAUCAACCUUAUGCCACAAAUGCUGUCGAUUGAGCUUAACUUGUAUUGAACCCAGAAUAUUCCAUUAAGUAUGCGUUUGACCACACAAAACAUAUAAUCAUUAUUACUUUACCAAAACAGUGUUUCUGCAUAGUACAAUACAAAGAAGAGUAAAUGUUUACAAACUUGAUUGUACUUACAAAGGAAAAAAUACUCUGACACCAAAUGAGUAGUGUAGAUUUUGAAGAUAUGGGUAAAGGAAUUGUUGGACUUACUUUCUUCUGUGAAACACAAAAAGAGACGUUUAGCAGAAUGUAAACACAUCUUUUCUUGACUUUCCAUCCUUUUUUGAAUGGGGACUUGGGCUGUCCAGCUUCAAAAAUGGCAUAAAAGCACCAUAAAAGUCAUUUAUACUCAUGCUAUAUUCCAUGUCUUCUAAAGUCAUCCUAUAGCUUUUAGGAGCAAUACAAUGUCAUUUUUCACUGAAAAACUUGCCCUUCAUCAUAACUCUCAAUUUGUAAUUUGUGUUCUGUGUAUAUAUAUAUAUAUAUAUAUAUAUAUAUAUAUAUAUACACACACA